AUGAGUCAAAGUGCUUGUGUCAUCUCCCCUGUCAAAGCAGAAUAUCAGCCUAAAGGUAUUUCCGGAAAAGUAGCUGGUCUUGAUGCCUACGUCGUGGGCCCCGACUCUAAGCAUGUGCUUCUUUCCGUGUACGACAUCUUUGGUUUUUGGGAUACGACCAAGCAAAGCGCUGACUUGUUAUCCGAAGCGCUUCAUGUCAAGGUAAUUAUGCCGGACUUCUUCCGUGGAAAGCCGUGGCCUAUGAAUGCGUUCCCUCCAAGAGACGAAGAAGAGCAGAAGGUGUUCGAUGAAUGGUUCGCGACGGUCGCUAGCGUCUCUGAUCGCAAGAAGGACCUCGAUGCUAUCGCCCAGGAGCUCAAAAGCCAAGGUGUCGAAAAGAUUGGCGUAUACGGCUUUAGUUGGGGUGCUAAAAUUGCGAGUCUGGCUGGCUACGAGGGCACACCCUUCACAGGUGUGGUGAUCGUGUACCCUGCCAUGAUGCAUGGUGGCGGCGAGAAGCAGGUGGUGCCCGAGUCAAUCAUGGUGAGUGGUGAGGACAGCAAAUACCUUGGUGUGCCUGCUGCUUUCUUUCCCUCAAAGGACGAGCCGCGUGAUGAAUCUGACAAAUACUGGUCUACGCUGAAGCAGUCGCGCCCCGAGCUGGUGGAAAAGAGCGUGUAUCACUAUUACGAUAUCUUCCACGGAUUUGCUGCUGCGCCUGCCAACUUUCACGACGAGGCCAACCGUGCUGCGGCUACGGAGUUGUAUCAGCGUCUGGCCAACUUUUUCCACACGAUAUUCUAA